CACUCAUGUUCCCGCACUAUAAUAGCACGAGCAUCGUUGCAUGGCGACCUGAAAUAAUUACUGUUCUUUACUGGCUUAACGGGAGGAACUGAACCUGGUGUGCGAACCUCAUCCUUUGGUACACGAAUCAUCCCAAACUACUUCCGGUGGCCGAACUGUGUAUUCCCAGUCACCUAUCGGUUUUUCUACUACAACAGCGUAUUACAUUGGACCGGAAGGGCGCUAUACCUGCAACUGCAACCAUGGUUAAGCCUAAAUUACCCGUAACUGCUACAAUGGCCAGGGCGGUGGAGAAGAAGUGGGGAAAGGGGUGCCGGAUUCCCAUUUUCAACAAACGGGGCGGCAACCAAGCGUUCAAGAGGGAGGUGCUAAAGCACCUGAAGGAACUGACGAUCGAGGAGAAGCAUCAGCUAUACGAUAGAGCUGAGCCGGUACUGAAGGGCAACCGUUAUAUGGAGGAGGGCGCUGCUGCUGUAUACAGCAGUAUGCUCAGUGGAGUCGAAGCAUGCCUGAAGGAUGUGAAAGCGUUGGAAGAGCAACUGAAGGGCUUCAAAGCUCUCCUGGAGAACAACAUUAAGGAAACCGUGGAGGCCAAGCAUGCCAGGGACCAGAUGGUGGUACUGUUGCGGCAGCAGACUAAGCAUCCGCGCCUGUUCCGUGAAACUCCAGAGCCCAUCAUCGCAACUGGGCCGCGUGGCAUGUUUCGCGUUCCCACCAGUGUCAAAAAAUCCAAGAAGGGCGCUAAGAAGGCCGUACCACGGACCUAUGGUCGUGAAAUCAAAUUUGAUAAGAAAUCAAAGCAAACGGUGUUUCAUGACCAUUGCACGAGAUUUCGGAAUACCGUUACGAAAGCCUUGUGUCAACCGGGGCUGUGCCAGAAGAAAUGGAAGCAGUUGGUGGAAAUGGGGGGCAAGCUGGUGGAGAAAUUUGAAAAGCUGCGACGCCCUCAUGUCAACGUGGAUGUGUCACUGCUUGCCGGACUCCUACGUCAGUUCGUGAAAAUGCAUACGGAGGGAUUUACUACCGAAGAAUGCCCUAAAACCAAGACGGUCACCACAGAGGAGUUCCUGAAGACUAGACAUGCCGUGUUGGAGAAAAUGUUUGAUUGGUCAAAGCAGUUCAAGGAAGUCUCAGAGGAGUUGUACGAAGAGGAAGAAGAUGAGUAA